CCGUUUCCUUCAGUGGAGCUUUAGGGUUGCACCUUUGUGUUGUAUUUUAGGGAAUGUCAUUUGGGCUGGAUUUAGUUUAUAUACAAUAAAAGCAGGGUUGCUCAUGCUGACUUGUACGUAACUCUUUAAUGUGUUUUUAUUUAUACUGCGUCUAGGUGCUGACGGAUCAUGAGUCCUUUGGCCGGCGCUGAGAUGGUGCGGACCCCGGUACGGCUGUAUCGCUACCUGCUCAGGUGUUGCAAAGUCCUGCCCUCCGCGGCCGCGCAGAAACACUACAGACAUGCCGUGAGACAGAGCUUCGCCUCUCAUGCAGAUGAAGAUGAUCCCGAGAGGAUCCAGCAGAUCAUCCGACGGGCGAUCGUGGACGCCGACUGGGUUAUGGACAAAUACAAGAAGUAAACGGAGCCCAGAAGAGAAGAAGAGGAGACAGUACCUGGUUCUGUGUUUGGACCCGAGGGGGGGGAUUGGAGGAGCUGUGCCGAGCUUGUCUUCAGGAGUCCGGUGACCGGACCGGACCGGAACGGGAGGGGUUGGGGUGAGACAGGCCAUCACUCUGAGACCCUUGGUACCGUCUGGGCCCCCCUCUGUUGCCUCGUCUCCCGGGGCUCAGCAGGGCAUGAGAAGCAGCUAGCAAACCAGAAACGUCUCUUGGAGUCUGCUUUGGUCUGUGGAGAUGAACACAGCAAUGCUGAUGAUGGAGAACACAGGUGGCCAAACAUUUGUUAAUGAGUGUUAAUGGUGUUGCUUUCUGCAUGUUGUACAGUAAUAAACAUGAAAUUCUUGUGUGACAUUAAGUUAA